GCCCGGCAUUGCGGACGUGCACAAACGCGUGACCGCGCACGCAUGGUUCGAAUAUUUUAUACGGGAACGGGUACGUGCGCGCACCCGUAUUCUUUGUGUGGAAGCGUAGAGAAGCGCCAAAAGAGUGACCAUGGCUGAUGAAAAACCAAAGGAAUCAGUCAAGACAGAAAACAACGAACACAUAAACCUGAAGGUAGCGGGUCAGGAUGGAUCUAUAGUGCAGUUCAAGAUCAAAAGACACACGCCGCUCAUCAAACUCAUGAAGGCCUACUGCGACAGACAGGGACUUUCAAUGAGGCAAAUCCGGUUCAGAUUUGAUGGGCAGCCAAUAAAUGAGACGGAUACACCAUCCCAGUUGGAAAUGGAAGAUGAAGAUACAAUUGACGUUUUUCAACAACAGACUGGAGGCCUCAUUUAAUCAACCGCAUGCUUCGCUAUUUUCCUUUCUAAACACCAUCAACCUUCCCGGCCUGUGAUAAACAGUGGGCCGCUUCUUCUCGUCUCAACAGAUUUCUGUGCAGCAGAGUUGGUCGUCUCUCUGCACCACACACACAACUGCUGUAGUAUUUUCAUUAUCGCCAUAGUUGCUGUUCUGUUUUUUUUUGUAAACCACACCCAGGGUUUGUGACUGAGCCCUGAGACUUAACUGAGCGAUUGUUGUUGGUCUAGGCUUGGUGAGGGUCCAGAAUAUCUCUGUUUUAAAAUGCAUUUUAAUCCCUUGGGGAACAGUGUACCCAGUUUGGGAAUGGGGCUACAUUGUAAUUUUAUAAAUGUUUAUGAAAUAGAGGAUGUGUAAAGAAAUGUGUCAAAGAUAGUUUGACACAUUUUGGGAAGCCUGAAGUGGUGUUUCAGUUAUGCAUCGGCGCUAUUUUUCUUCCAUAACGUCUCUUAGCUCAGACUUGUGGAAACCUAAAAAAAUAAAAACCACAUUUAGGAGUUUAUUUUACUUCACUUUGUUUAUUUGUGAUUCCUCAAAAGUUAGCAAAAGCUAAUGUCUCCUUUGCAUAUUUCAACUGAAACGUUUUACCCUAUUCAUCUGUAUCGUCUUUAAUAUGUAAGGAAUUUUACGAUACAUGUCUUUAUUCUUUAAGUUAUUUUUUUUCUCAUGAAGUCAACCGUAAAUCUCCACCUCAGGAUCACUUACUGACCUCAAAGUCGCCACUUCCAUUCCUAUUGGUUUUCUACAGAGGGGUUUGUUCAUAUAUCCUUCAUAGCCGGAUUUAAAGAACAUUUUGUUCCUAAAAACAAUGUAUGUAUGUGAUGACAGUAUUUUCUGAUUUAUAGAGUGAUGCGAAUCCAAAUGCCCCUCAGUAAAAACUUUGAACACUUAACAUGUCUACGAAAUGAAACAAGAUUUUUUUGAUCCAAUGUUCAAAUUUCUGGAAAUGUAAGGAAAUGAUACAUAUUUAUUAAGAUACUGCCUCAUUUGCGUAUAAAAAAUGAAUGUUGUGGAAAACUUGUAAUACAAAGAAAUGAUUGCCUUAAUAUAAACAAUCAACGGUUUUCUGAUGAUAUUAGUCACACAUUUUUACCUUAUUAACCUGGGGUUUCUCCCCUUAAAGGCAUAUUUGUAUUGUCUAUUAAGAUGCUUAUUAGAAUAAAGCUAUUGUAUUUUCGAGUCUUCCA